UAUUUACAAAAAUGGGGAGCAAAUGAUGAUGCUCAAAAAGAGAUGAAAAAGUUGAGAUCGUUAAUACCGAUCCCCAGGAUUAUAUCAUGGACAAUCCUCAAAGUGCAAGAAAUAAUGAUAAAAAGAAGAUGAGGAGGAAAAAGAGGAAGUCCAAGAAGACAAUUAGGCCACCCAAGAAUGGGAUGUCUAAUUAUAAGAUGGUGCGAAAAUCUCAUGAGGAAAAUUCUGAAGAAAGCAAGGUCAAACUACGAAAGAGCACAAAAUAACAUUUCAGAAUUUAAUUUUAGUGAACUUCUCGAUGAUUUUGAAGACGAAGCUGCUGAGGAAAAAUAUUUAAAGACUUAUAAAAAUACUUUUACUAAUGCCAUCCAAGAAAAGAAGCCAAGUAGUACAGCUUUCUUAGCUCAACAAUUGAAAUGUCAGAAACGAAAUCAUAGAAAAAGCAUGCAUAACAUUCUGGAAAUCACUCCAAGAGGGUCAGAUAUGUUUUCUCACGCCACUCCUAAGGCGAAUAAGCUAAGAAGAAAGGUGACAGACGCUAAAUAUCAGGGGAAAGUUAUUGGCUUUAACGAAGGAAUUCAGUUCAAGAGAGAUAUGACUUUUAGAGAAAGAGAAGGAGGCACCAAAAUUUUCCAUUUUUCUGUCGUAUAGAAAAUGGUCAGCAAUUUGGAUGAUAUAGAUAAUA